AUGUCUGAUCUUAUCGGUCCGAAGGUUGACUCCAAAGUUGACCGGGAGGAAUCUCCCUUGAGUACUUUGGAUGCAAAUGUCGGAAGCUCCCAGCGCGACACCAGCCGCCUUGUCGCCGCCAGCGACGUAGUCGCCAAUACCAAUAACCCGGACCCGGUUCAUGCCAACGUUGUCGUCACCGCCAGCAACGUCGUUGGCUCUAACGCCGUCGACAACGACAUUACCAGCACCAGUGUCGCGGAGACCAACGACGUCGGUACCGACUUCCGCAAUGCCGACGUCCAAAACUCCCAUAUCACCGCGACUGAACGCGACCUUCUGACACUCGCAGCUUUGCGUCUUGAAAUAAUCCGCGCGUUGGGCCCAGCACCUCCUGAGAUACAUCAAAUAAGCAAUCAAUGUCUGGAUAACUUCCAAGACCCAAGCUUCAGUCCAAUUGGAGAACCUGGUCCCACUGCACCGCCCUCAGUCCAUCCGCGACCUGUUGUCUUGGAUGAAAGCGAGAUCAGCUCGCUUGACCUAGGUCCCUGCAUUCAGACUACCAAUCUGCCCCCGCAGCUGAGCCUGCGCAACGCGACUUUGGCAAGUCUUCAUCGUGUGGGGCUUGCCGGUACCGCUGGACCCGGGCUCGUGCCUGGCCCCGAAAAUGACUCCGACAGAGUGAGUCAGCACCAACUCCGCGCCGAGGCCCUCGAGUCUGUUGUUAUCACCUCCACAAGUGGCUCAGUCGUCAGUGGUCCCCACUUCAGUCAGCGCCAACGCCGUCAGAAGGAGACCAAUCUCGUGCGUCCCACCCACGACGAGCUGUGGCAGUCCCCGGGCCCGGAGCAGAUUGGCCAUGGUCACGGAGAUCGUUUCUCUGACUGCGAAAAUGGGACAGAAUAUUUCGUAGAUGAAUCGAGCCGCCGCGUCUACUCCCUUUCGGCCCCGCACUCCCGUGGCUCGCCCAAGGCAAUAACCGCAGUUUCUCGGCCUGCUCUCUUUCGGUCCAUGAGCUCCUUCGGGGGAAUGGAACCGGAAUUUUUUGCUCUGUGUACCACUCAUCGGCUAAGUCAAAUUGCGGAGCGAGCCAGGGAAAAAGAAUCCAGCAACUAA